CUUCCUGCUCGUCUCGUCUCCCACACAAUCCCGCACGUAGGCGCGAUGGCAGACGAACCCACGACAAGCAGCAGGCGCAGCAAGUUGUCCGAUCAGCCCGAGCAACAACCUCUUCUGCCCGGGCUGCCCGAUCACCUGGCCCACCUCUGCCUUGCCCUGGUCCCACCGCCACUCCUCUACUCUGUCUCCCGCUCGUGGAGACGCCUCCUCUACUCUCCUUCCUUCCCACCUUUCCUCUCUCUCUACGCCCUCCUCUCCUUCCAAAACCCCAUCACAAACCGUCUAGACCAUAUCACGUUCUCAUCCUACGAUCCUAUCUCCGCCACGUGGCAUCUCCUCCCUCCACCUCCACCGGACCUACCCCUCCCCUCUUUCCUCCUCUGCCACACGUCCUUCAUCGCCCGCUGCCUUCCGAUCCAGUCCGUCUCCCUUUCUGGUCACCUCCUCCUCCUCUCCGGCACCACCCACGGCCUCCGCCCGGCCCUCCACCGCCCCUUGAUCUUCCACCCCGUUUCGAAUCGCUGGCGCCACGGCCCGCCCAUCCCUUCCCCACGCCGGUGGUGCGCCGCCGGCGGAGCAGGCGGCGCCGUCUACAUGGCGAGCGGCAUCGGAACCGAUUACAGCCCGAGCGUUGCCCGGUCCGUUGAGCGGUGGGACCUAGUGGGUCCCGCCUGGGAGAAGGUGGCCCCACUGAGGGAUGGGAAAUUCAGUAGAGAGGCGGUGGAAGCGAUAGGACUGAGAGGGAAGCUCUGUAUGGUGAAUGUGAAGGGGAAUGCCGCGAAGCAAGGCGUUGUCUAUGACAUUGGGAGCAAUCGGUGGGAAGAAAUGCCGCAGGGGAUGCUGGCCGGGUGGAAUGGACCCGCCUCGGCGUUGGACGAGGACGUGAUGUACGUCAUCGAUGAGGCGAGGGGAGCUCUGAUAGAGUAUAAUGGGGAGGAGGAUCGCUGGAGGGAGAUUUUACAGCUGGAGGCAUUGAAAGGAGCGGUGCAGAUCGACGCUGGAGGGGGGAGGGUAUGUAUCGUUUGUGCUGGCGGGACCCGCAUUGCCGUGGCGGCUGUCGUGGAGAGGCCCGCGAGAAUGUGGUUCGUUGAUCCGCCGCCGGGAACGCGAGCUGUUGCUGUUCAUGUACUGCCGAGGAUGAGCAUGGUGGAAUCGUGACCGUUAGUUCGUAAUCCAGAGUUUUUUUUCUCGUAUUUUUCUGCUAGCUAUUUUUAUCUGCGAGAAAACGAAAGAGCUGGAGAUGUAUUGUUUCUGACUGUAUUACAAAAUGCUCGACCGUGUGACUGGACAGCAGUUACAGGCUUUUGUAAUGUACAUUGGAGCCCGCGUUUCGGCGAUCCGAAACGUUAACGUGAUGGGAUACGCAGUGGAUGGCUCACGUACUAAAAUUUCAUGGGAUUGGAAAAUCAUAGCCAUAGUUUGUUAUUUGAAUGGGACCUGGUCAUGCGUUGUUAACUACGUGUUUGUAAUGUCACCUGCAGUGAAAUCUCAAUAAAAGAUAAAUGAAGGUUUCGUUAGUUACUCCAAUGGGAAAGAAAGUUUAAAUUCACGAAGUCAUAAGUAGCCUAAAAAUAAUAAAUCAUUAUAGCUGAACAAUGAAAGUAUACAUGUUUUGUAUUUUAUUUAUGUGACAAAGAAUUAAUUA